AUGUCACGAGCUCGAUGUUCACCAGCUCUUCCUGAAGAACUCAUUGUUGAGAUCUUAUCAUGGGUUUCGGUGAAACAUCUCAUGCGUAUGAGGUGCGUUUGUAAAUCUUGGAAGUCCAUGAUCUCGGAUCCAACUUUGGUGAAACUACAUCUUGAAAGAUCGUCCAAAGAACCCCAUGUUAUACUAACACUAGAAGAUCUAUCCCAUGACCUUGAGGACGAUGAUCAUACCUAUGCCAUACCUUACUCCGUUAAUCAUUUACUUGAGAACCCAUCAGACACCCUUGAUGAAGAUGGUUGCUAUCAAUUAAAAACCAAUUACUGGGUCGUGGGCUCGUGUAAUGGAUUGGUUUGUUUGUAUGGCUUUUAUGUUGAAGAUGAAUUUGACAAAUAUUGGGUUCGAUUUUGGAACCCAGCCACAAGGAUGAAAUCAAAGAAAUCUCCGUGCUUGCAUGUCAAUCCAUGUUGUCGAAGAUUUAGGUCAUUUGUUUCUGUCAAGUUUGGAUUUGGCUAUGAUGAUUCAAGUGACACUUACAAGGUGGUGUUUGUCCUUUUAGAUUGUAGAUCUGAGACAAUUGAGGUAAUAAUUCAUUGCAUGGGUGACAACUAUUGGAGAAAGAUUUUAAAUUUUCCUAGUUUUCCGAUUCUAGAGCAAAAUGGACUAUUUGUGAAUGGCACUGUAAACUGGUUAGCACUUGACAAGUUUGGUUCUCAUUAUCAAUGGGAAGUUGUUACUACCAAUCAGUUAGUCAUUUUUUCAUUUGAUCUACAAAAAGAGACAUACAAAUAUUUAUCGUUACCUGAUGGCCUUGUUGAUGUCCCUAGUGAUGAGCCGAAUCUUGUGGUUUUAAGGGAUUGUCUGUGCCUUUUCUAUGAUGACCGAAAAACCCAUUUUGUUGUUUGGCAAAUGAGGGAGUUUGGAGUUGGAAAGUCCUGGAAUCAAUUGGUGAAGGUUAGUUAUGAGCAUCUUCGGUGUGAAGGGUUACUUCGUCCAUUGUUAUUAUUGUGCAUAUCUGAAAAUGGUGAUGUCUUGCUGUUGCUAAACAAUGAUGAUACCGAAGUUAUUACAUAUAAUCGGAGAAGUAACACAGCAGAACAUACUGAAAUUCCAAAUGACAUAGUUUGGUGGAAGGGCGACGAUUACUUUCAAAGUUUGGUUUUGCCUUGUCCAAAUUAA